AUGAUCGCUUGUUAUCCGGUACGGCAAGUACUUAAAACUAGACUCUUUCCGGUUUCUUUGCGCAACGGACUCAUACUGCUGAACCAUUAUAGUACAGUCCAAACACCUGACUAUAUCCAAGCAGCUCUCUCGGAUGAUAUUUCAACUGUUCCUCUUUCAUUCGAUAAAUUUUCCAAUUAUGAGUCGAGUUCUAAAAAUUCUCCAAUAGUCUUUCUUCAUGGCUUAUUUGGUUCCAAAUCCAACAACAGAACUGUAGCCAAACAACUCUCGUCCCUCCUUACUCGUGAUGUCUAUUGUCUUGAUCUUCGUAACCACGGGGACUCUCCUCAUACCAAAUACCAUGAUUAUCCAUCGAUUUCUGCUGAUGUGGAAAAAUUUCUUAAGGACGAAGGUUUGUUGGAUCCACAGCCAAUCAUUAUUGGUCAUUCUAUGGGUGCUAAAACCGCGAUGGCCAUCGCCCUCCGCAAACCUAAUUGGUUGAAGAUGUUGAUUGCUGUUGAUAAUGCCCCAGUUUCUUAUCCAUAUUCCGCAGGCUCUAAGUUUUCCCGCUAUGUUCGUUGUCUUCAGGAAAUCACUACUCUUGCUGGUCCUCACGCCGUCAUUUCCCGUACUGCAGCCGAUGAUCGAUUGAGCAAAAUUGAACCUUCUUUACCAGUUCGUCAAUUCUUGUUGACCAAUAUAUCCCGGAAAACAAAAUCUGAAAUCACUGACGAAUUUGAGCUAAACAAGAAAAAAUACCAAGAUGAUAUCCACCACGUACCUGCUUUCAAGUCCAAGAUUCCUCUUGGAACUCUUGGCUCCGCGAUUGACAAUGGUAACAUUGCCGUUUGGCCAUAUGAUUCAAAUUACUCUCGCUUUGGCGGUGCGACCUUGUUUGUUAGAGGAACAGAGUCGACGUACGUUGCUGAUGAUGUGUUAGCGGAAAUAGGAAAGUUUUUCCCAAGAUUUGAAGUUAAAGAUGUCAAGGCAGGCCAUUGGUUGAUAAGUGAAAAUCCAAAGGAGUUUGUCGAAGUGGUUAAGGAUUGGAUCGAGUUCAAAGAAGAAGCUAUAAAGGAUGAGUUGGAAGGAAAUAACCUUAUCAUUUGA